AUGACACUGAUUACACGCACACCACCCACUUGGAAGGUCAUUUACCCGCCCUUUUCGUCGGACGAGUGGCAGGCUUUUAACUCGCACAUCACCAAGGAGGAGGUUCGUAUCGCUGUUUCUGACAUGGCUCCUUUCAAAGCUCCGGGGCCCGAUGGUUUCCACGCGGCAUUUUAUCAACAAAUGUGGAGUGUAGUUGGAGAUAGCCUUUUCGAGAUGGUCAGAUGUGCGUAUGAAACGAGACAAUUGCCAGUGGGGCUGAACGAUACGCUCAUAAUCCUUAUCCCCAAGCUAGUGAGCGCCUUUCAGAGUUCUUUUGUCCCUGGGAGGUAUAUCACGGACAAUGUCCUCAUAUACCAGGAGAACGGAGAACAACUCCGCCAAUUCGUUCCACAAAGGGGAAUUCGCCAAGGUGACGCCAUGUCUCCAGCCAUUUUUGUGCGUUAUUUAGAAAAACUCAGCAAAAUGAUAUCACUUCAGGUAAGUUCUGGUGGAUGGAAAGGGAUCCGUUUGGAUUCUGACGGGCUAGUCCUGUCCCAUCUUUGUUUUGCAGAUGAUAUGCUUCUCUUCUCUGAGGCCUCUAUUGAUCAAGUAGAGGUCAUUCAGGAUUCUGAUAUUGCUACAAGGCUGAGCAUUGAGCAGACUGAUAAUUUAGGAAAGUACCUCGGGGUGCCCUCUAUUCAUGGGAGGGUCACUUGCCGAACUUAUUAUGAGUUGUUGGAUAGAAUCAACUCCAGAUUGGAAGGAUGGCGAUCCAAAUUGCUGUCUAUGGCGGGGAAGGUUACCCUAGCAAAAUUAGUUCUUAAUGCUAUUCCCUUGUAUACAAUGCAGACAACUGCAUUACUUAAGGGGAUUUGCCAAGAAAUUGAAAAGCGCACGAGGCGUUUUAUUUGGGGUGGUAAUGGACAUGAUACUAACAAAAUCAGUCUUGUUAAUUGGGAAACGGUUACUAACCCAAGUCUGUCGGGGGACUUGGUAUAUGCAGACUCUCUGAUAUGA